UGAUAAGAUAAGACUAGUUCUUGCUCUAUUGGGGAAAGUCUCAAGGUUGUUGGUUGUUGAUCGGUCAGAUCGGUUUAAUCUUGGGGACUCCAAAAUAAGCAACAGUUUCUACUUUCAACUCAGGGAUUGGUCUUCGACCUCUCCAAAUCACAAUAAUGGUAUGGCCUUUCACCUCUGCCUCUGGGAAAGACGGUGAUUCUUCGAGACGACCAGUCUCCUGGUCUGAUAGUUUAAACGGAACCGACUGGCAACAUUACAAAGACCCUAGAAACUGGGUCCCGACUUUGCUUGUAACGACAACCGUUGUCGCCUCUUUGCAGAUCUAUCGUUCAUACCUGCGUCGCAUCCCCGGCACUAUACACAUCCGACCGAGCUCUUUCAGGAGGAGAAGCAUCUUCGGUCAAGUUACGAGUGUCGGAGAUGGAGAUAACUUCCAUUUAUACCACACACCGGGUGGUCGUCUAGCGGGGUGGGGAUGGCUACGAAAGGUCCCGGUCAAGAAGGUAGAGUUGAAGAAUAAGACGAUUCCUAUACGUAUCGCCGGUAUUGACGCACCGGAAGGCGCUCAUUGGGGACGGCCCGCCCAACCAUUCUCGACGGAUGCCCUCGCCUGGUUAUCCGAAUACAUACUUGGGCGAAGGGUUCGAGCAAAGAUCUACAGACGUGACCAGUAUGAUCGUAUCGUCGCUACCGUAUAUGUAAGGCGGUUCCUGAUCCGCCGCGAUGUUGGCUUGGAAAUGUUAAAGCGAGGUCUGGCUACAACAUACGAGGCUAAGACUGGUGCUGAAUUUGGUGGUCUUGAGGAGGAGUAUAAGGCCGCAGAGAGUAAGGCAAAGGCUGCGAAGAGAGGGAUGUGGGGCGGCAACCCGCAAUUCUUCGAAAGCCCUCGCGAUUAUAAGACCCGAAUGGGCGUGGGGGAAUCGCAAAAUAGCAACACGAAGUGAUGAGAUAUGAUAUCGUUUAAUCGUACUAGUUCUAUCAGACUUUCCUAUUUUGUGACUUAUGCCAUUGAAAAAGUAACCAACGGAAUAAAACAUCUUAAUUUGUGAGAUGGGCAAGCACAUAAGGCUUAGCCUUAAACCGUAUAUAUUGGGUCAGCCACUUAGUAGAAAACAGAAGGCGGAGUUGGAAGGAGUGCAUAGAGGAUGAACCAACCAAUUCUAUCCGAUCUAUGUGCGGAUCUCCGCGCUCUCCCGGAAUCUCUUGCGACUGGCAAGUAUAGUGAUAUUUCUUCAGUCCAGGACCGCGGUUAGGUUAAUGGAUCUUGCAUCUCGCAUCUUGCAUCUUGCAUGUUUCGACGAACCCCUGAAUUCCUACAUGCUUAAUUCCGUGUCCGUAGUCUUAAAGGGUUGGUAUUUGUUUUCGCUAUUUUCUCGGUGAUUGUAUACGCUCGACGUUACGGCGGCGGC